AUGUUUUUAGAACUCUAGAAGAGUGAUUCUAACAAUAUGUCAGUAGAAUAAUAUAAGAGAAGAGAGUAUUCAGCAGCAAAAUGAGCGGAAGCCAUGCAAAAAACAAUUCAGGCGGGUAUGGAAGCCACACUGUGGUGGCGAUACCCAUACCCAGCAUUGAGGAGAAGAACAAGCAAAUGCAGCAAGAGACGAUGAUGGAGAAACUGCGAGCCAAGUACCGCAACAAGCCGAAGAGCUACGAGGAUAUCAAGAAAUCGGUGCGUAUGUACUUCAUAGAGAAGCACUAUCCGCUGGAUCCGCUCUGCAAGGCAGCACUGCAGUCGGCAUUGGACAAACUGCAGCACUACAUUAAGGUUAGCUCGAGGCACGGACUCGUGGAACGCUUGGAGAGUCUUUCCCGGCAACUGGGCCUCAAGUUCAUGGAGGAUCAGCAGCUCUUGUUUAUUUCGACGGACAUGUUCUACGUGGAGAUACUGCUGGAUGCCAGCGGCAACCUCAACGAUGUCAAGGUGCACCAUGAAUGCAAGAUUGAGCAGCAAUCCAAUUCCAGCGCCAGUUCCCGCGAACUGCUCAACUGCCUCAAGGCGGGCGACUUUGCCGAUUUCACAGUUCAACUGGAGGGACUCUCCUCCAUUUACCAGCUAAACGCCGAGCCCAAAGUUAAGAAGAAGGCCUUUGUGGCACUGCAGGCCAUGGAAACGGACAUUUCCAACUUGUAUCAGCAGCAACUGCAGAAACAGCAACAGCUAAGGGGAAACAGCGAUAGCUACUACAUCAUGAACAACUCCUCGCUGGGUUUGGUCAUGGAGCGACGUGGUGGGCAUCCAAUGAAGCUGACCUACUUCUGCCCACCACUCCAACUUAUCGAAAAGAAGGUGAAGGCGGAGAAGCUGGCCACUGCAACUGCAAGUGGAACUGCGAGUAGAGACUUCAGCAUUGAGCAGGUGAUGAAGAGCCCCAACGGACUGAGUGCCACGCUCAAUCUGGAGGGCUCCUCUGCGAACAAACUGCAAAUACUUCCCAUUGUCAGCUUCACCAGCGAGUCCGGUCUGCCAUUGGAGCAGCCCAGCUAUGCGCCGCUCACGCAGAACAACUCGAUGCUGAUGCCGGCCACCUAUGUCUUGCGCCUCAACAAACCCAUGCCUGUCUGCAUUGAGUCUCUACGAGCCUUGGCUCUGCCGGGCCUUGGCUCCUUGGGUGUAUCAGGCGAGGGAACUACUGUGAUGAAUCUGAUUGUGCAGACUGCGUCGAGGCAGCUGAUAAAGAGCACCCAGAAGGGUUUAUAUGUCAAUCUGCCGAAGGAGACGCACUGCUACUUCUUCACGGACAACCGCCGACUGCAGGGCACGCUGAUAUCGACGCUGCCGUUCACGGAGCCUGCGCAGGUGCCCAGGAUAAUAGCGUUCCUCAAGAAGCAGGCGCUCUUCUGCACACUUCUCUCCAGCUGCGUCAGGGAGCAGCAGAAGCAAUACAACGACAUGGACAGCACUGUUAUUCUGGAGGUAACUGCUGUUUCACUCAGCCAGAUCACUGUGGAGCUGCAGCAUCCGUACGAGGAAUCGCUGGCCACUGUCGAUUUUCUGCUGGAGGACGGGCAGGCGACCUGCACCAUUUACUGCCUGAGCAACGACUACGAAGCACUCUCCCAGAAGUUAACCAGGACAGUGCGCCAGGUGCUGUCUAUACCCAUGGUUAUAUACAAGUUGCUGAAGUGCUGGGACGAGGAGCAUCAGCAGAAGCUGCAUGGCGCCAUUGUUCCAGGAGCAGGCUCGGGCGCAGGCAGUGGCACAGCGGGCGGUUUCAGCAGCACUGGAGGAGGUGGAGGGAUGCACGGGACAAGCAACUUUGGACAGUUUGCCAUGGAGACGGGUGGUGGCGAGGGCAGCAGUGGAGUUGGCGGCGGUUUCAAUAGUGUCGGCAAUCUCAAAAUGGACUCCAAGGUUCGCUCCCUGGCAGAUGCAUUCGCUGCCUCCACCUCGGCGGCUGCGGCCAUUGCGGGACUGAUGAAUCUGAAGCGUGAAACGGAUCCACAGCUAGGCGAAGGCAACCUCCCAAUCCUCAGCUCCUCCAGUUCUUCUGCAUCCGCAUCCAAGAUCAGCGAGAAUGAGAUCGCCGACAAGUACAAGAAUAUUUGGAAGGACAAGACGCCCAACUUGAAGCACUGCGUCAGCAUCACACCCAUUGCCGGGGAUGGUAAAGCGCCUCCCCAGCAGCAGGUGGAUGUGCAGCGCACGGGCGGCAUUGAGAUCAUUCCACUGAAUGCGCCGGGCUCAGUUGUAGCCACUCCCAGCGCUGGUUCCCCAGCCACAACGAUCACCAUAACGCCCAUCACUGGAGUUGGCAAGGAGCUCUCUAAGGAUGCGAAGAAGUCGGUGUCGAGUGGAAGUGCCACCAAGCGACCCCAUGAGAGCAGCUCCUCCUCAUCCUCAUCCUCGUCGAACUCAAACUCGAACUCGAGCAGCAGCAGUAGCAGCAGCAACUCCUCGAGCGACACGCAGAAGGAGAAGAAGCGUAAGAAGAAGCGAGAUGACUCACCCAUGGGUCCUCCCGAGAAGAUAUACUCUCGCCAGAAUUCGCCAGCGGGUGGCGGAAUAUCUGACCCUGUGGCGGGGAGCGGCGUGGUGCGCAAGUUCUCAUCGCCCUCAGCUUCAUCUUCGUCGUCGCCCAAGCCGGGUGGAAUGGGAAGUGGAGCUGGAGGUGGAGCUGCUCUGGGUCUUAUGAGCGGGCAGCCAGCGCGUCCCAGUCCGAAGCACUCGCCUGUCUACAGCAGUCCCAAGCACAACAGCAGCAGCAACACUGCCUCGAACAGCCCCAAGUCGCCUUUCGGCACCCUUUCGCCCAAGCAUGGAUCUUCUGGCAAGCCGAGCAUGUCCACUCUCAAGAGUGCAACGGCGGCCACCAGUCUCAGCCUCAGUCCCAAAGCUGAGAAGAGUCUCUCUGCCAGUGGAGGUGGAGGUGGUUCCAAUUCAGUCCAUCCUCUUCCUCUUGCAUCUUCUGGCUCUGGCGCUAAUCCCUCGAUGAUGCGACCCGUGCCGCCACUGGCUAGCACAAUCAGUGGUAUCACCAACCAGUUGUCGACUAGCUUCAAGAAGGACAAGUCCAACGCCAGCAGCUGCGCACCUGGCGCUCCGCCAGGAGUCGUUGCUGUUCCAGUGGCUGCCUUAAAGAAUUCCCAGCAGCAACAACAACUGAAGUCAUCUGUGGCCAGUUUAUCGCAUCUGGCUGCAGGUGGCAAUCUGAGCAGCUAUGUGGCUCCCACCGUGGCCGCCCUGGAGCUCAAUGCCCUGCGCAAGGGAUUGUCGGGUGCGGGAGUGGGACCGGGAAUGGGCGCAGCUGCGGGAGCGGUAGGUGCGGUUAGUUUGAUGACGUCGACGGCAGCUUCAACGGCAACCAUCCAAACAACAACCACAGCCUCACUCUCAAGCACAACAACGGCAGUGGAUUCAUCGGACACAGCAGCAACAACAACAGCAGCAGCAGCAGCAGCAGUGGAAGCGGGAGUGGGAUUGGGAGUGGGAGCAGCCAUAGCACCAGUAGCACCAAUAGCAACAACACAAAUAGCAACACAGCAACAGCAGGCAGCGGGGCCACAUAGUAGCGACAACUGCAGCCCCAGCUCUGCCAGCAACAGCAACAGUAUAAUUUCUGGAGCAGCUUCAGGCCUGUCCACUGGGUACAUGGUGAAACCGAGCAGCCAGGAGGGCCUCAAGCUGACUAUCAAUAAGACAGGCAGUGGCAAGAGGGAAAGCAAGGGCGGAACUACUGCCUCAUCCUCAUCCACAUCGUCGUCAGCGUCUUCCUCCACUGGUGUUAAGAAGCAGCACACGGGAUUGAAGCCGGGCGUCAACAGCGGACCAGCCUCUAAGAAGGCACCUUCAGCAGCUGCUGGAUCCAGCAAACACCUCUUCCAAAAGGCAAACUCUUCUGGCAACCUGAGCAGCAAGCUAAGCGGCUCCAGUACUUCCACUUCUGGCGGGGGUUUGCCCCUGACGAAGAGCAACAGUACCAACUCGUUCCAGGAGCAGAGUGUGCCCAGGCGACGGCCCAGCAUGGGUAACAGCAGUGGAGGCGGAGUGCAGCGCAAGGCACAAUUAACGCCUUCUGCAUCUGCAUCUGGAUCUGGAGCCGGAGUUGGAAUUGGAUCGGGAAUGGGCGCAGGUAGAAUGUCACCAGCAGCGAUGAGCGGGUCGAUGUCACAGCCGCCGCCGCGUUUCGAUCACCGCACGGACAUGAUGACCAUUCUGCAAUACGCCUCGCCCACCAUGGCAGCCAGCAUGGAGGGCUUCAUCAAGGGACUACACAACAAGUUUCAGAUACCCAAAUUGUCUCAGCGACAAAGUGGCAACAGCAGCAGCAGCAGCACAGUUGGACACAGUCUGACCAAUACAGAUCAGGUGCAAUCGGAAUCAGCUGCCGCCUCCUCCUCGAUGGAACAGCAGCAGAUGAGUGCUUUGGCAUCUAGUCUAACAGGUACUAUGCCUAGUGGCAGCAGUGGAGUGCUUAAGCUAUCGCCAGUUGCUUCUUCUGGAUCUGCAGCAAACGCAAACGAUUUGCUGCUCAGCCUGAACAGCAGUGGAUCAAUAGGUGAUGGCAUCGACGAGGAGCUGCUCGCCAGUUUGGCAGGCGAAUGACAACUCGAACUGCAUCUCCAACUAUUCUUAAUUGCAAUCCUAAGUUAGUUGAUACCUUUGGCUACUGUCUGACAAUGAGUUGUUAUUGUUACUCAUGCAUUAUAAAUUCGUUAAGAUAUACGUAGAUAUACAUUAACAUAAGAUCGUAAUAUAUAUCCAUUAGUGUUUGUAUAGAACCGCUGCCUUAAAUUAAAGAAACAAUAAUUUGCGCAUUUAUGUUUAGUCGCACAUUUCGAAUUGUGAUAAUCGCAGUCGAGAAAUCGAUGCAGUGGAUCGAUCAAUAAAUCGAUUUUUCCACA